UCCGCAAUUAACCUUCUUGUUGUGUCCGGAAGCCGGCAAAGCCCACCGAAUUGAACCUAAUUUUACGACAGAGAACGGUGAAGAUUGAAGCGGAGGCUCCUCCGUACAUCGUUUCGAAAUAGUUCACUUGCGCAAAAUCUGUUGCUGGGAAGUUAAAAUGGGGAACUCACGUCAUGAAAAGCGAAAAGAGGCUCGCUUGCUGAAGAACCAGAAAAAACAUGAAUCUUGGCUUCAGCGUCAGAAGUCGCAAAAAGAGAAAGGAGUAUCAUCAUCAGUUCAGAAGACUAGUGAAGUGAUCAAGUCUGAAAAUUUUCAUCAGAUGAGUGAUAGUGAAACUGAACAUUUGGAAUCAAGUAGACCUAGUGGAAAGAAGGAUGAUGGAAAAUCUCUUACACAAAAGAAAGGCGAGGUUAGAGUCAAAUCAAACGAGAAGAAGAUGCAAAAAGUACACAGAAUGAAAGAUCUAAAGAAGCCAAAAAAGACGAAAUUUGAAGAGUUUCUUGAAAUGGAGACACAAAGCGCUUCAGUAUCUGCUGAGCAGGAUCUUGUACUUGAGAGGAAGCUCGCAAAGAAGCUCAAUGUAAAGAAAGGAAAACUAAGGGGCUUGGAUGAUGGUAUGAAUGAAUUGUUUGAAGGACUUCCAUCUUUAUUGGAUUCGAUGGGAUCUGAACUCGGUGAUUCCAGUAAGAAGCGUAAGAGAAAGAGAUCCGUAGAAAGACAGGACGAUGAGGUUGUUGAACAGCAAGAAAACAGAGAUUUGGAGCAUGAAGAUUCUGAUUUUUCUGAUGAGGCAAGCGAAGAAGAGCCUAAAAGAAAAAGAGACCGUAAACAGCGUAAGAAGAAGAAGUCUCUGGAUGAAGCACUAGAAAUUCAUCCGAUGAAAAUCACAGAUGGUGGUGAGCCAGAGAUUGUUAAUUAUCACGAUUCACCGUCAAGCUUGGAGAAAGUAGAAUCUCCUCUGCAGGAACGUAAUCCUGAGAGCAGCAUCAAAUAUGUUGCUCCUCGUUUUAGAUCUCAGGCCAGAAGUGAACCUGAAGAACACACUAAAAUACGUACUCGGGUAAAAGGUCUUCUUAAUAAGAUGGCUGAAUCCAAUGUAGAAACAAUAACUUCAGAGCUUUCAACAAUCUACCGCACUGUUGCGAGAAGUGUGUCCUCUCAGAUUUUCUGUGAAGAGGUUUUGGCAACUUAUGCCAGAGGCAAUGAGCAGUACUCUGUAUUUGCUGCUUUUAUAGCUGGUAUGGCGUGUCUAGUUGGAAUGGAUUUUAGUGCAAAGCUUAUUGCUUCACUUGCCAAAUCUUUCGAGGAUGAAUACCAGAAAGAAGACAGUCUCUCUUUGAAUGGAAUUACUCUUUUACUCUCUUAUCUGUGCGUAUUGGGAGUUUGCUCCAGUGAUCUUAUUUAUGAUUUUCUUAUGACAUUGGGGAAGCGGCUGACUGAAGUUGAUGCAUGCACUAUUUUAACUGUUUUAGAUUGCUGUGGAAUGAAAAUAAGAAGUGAUGAUCCUCUGGCUAUGAAAACAUUCAUCAUAAGCAUCCAGAACAAGGCAAAUGAAAUUAAAACUUCACCGGAUGGCCAGACAAAAAUAAAAAAGUACACAAUGGAAAAGAUGCUUGAAACCAUUGCUGCCAUCAAGAACAACAAAGUGAGAGCCAAAGAAGAUUCCGUCCAGAACACGAGGGUAAAGAAGUGGCUUCAGAAGUUGAGAGUGGAAGAAGUAUUACUAAGAGGGCUCACAUGGAGCAAGCUGCUUGACCCCGAGAAGAAGGGUCAGUGGUGGUUAUCUGGCGAUGUGGUGGUUAAAUCAAACAAUGCUGAAGAUGUAGCACAAACAAUGGACGCAGAGGUUGUUGAGGCCCAGAAGAUGUUAAAGCUAGCUGAUUCACAGAGGAUGAAUACAGAUUCCAGAAAAGCUAUCUUUUGCGUGAUCAUGAGUAGUGAAGACUACAUUGAUGCAUUUGAGAAACUUCUUAGAUUGGAUUUGCCAGGAAAGCAGGACAGGGAGAUCAUGAGGGUUCUAGUUGAAUGCUGUUUACAGGAGAAAGCAUUUAACAAGUUCUACACAGUUCUCGCUUCAAAGUUUUGCGAGCACGACAAGAAUCAUAAGUUUACACUACAGUAUUGCAUCUGGGAUCAUUUCAAAGAACUAGAGUCAAUGUCACUUCAGAGAUCAAUGCAUCUGGCGAAAUUUGUGGCAGAGAUGAUUGUAUCGUUCAAUCUUUCCCUUGCGGUGCUCAAAUCUGUGGACUUGGCAAAUCCAGUGCAGUUAACUCCAAAAAGAAUUAUGCACUUUCGAAUGCUGUUCGAGGCCAUCUUCGAGCACACUGAGAAUCUUGUGUGGAACGUGUUCACGCGCAUAGCCUUGAAUCCGGACUAUGAAGCUCUGCGCGAUGGCAUCAAAUUCUUUAUGAAGGAGUAUGUUGUGAAAUCUAAUAAGUCAAUCUUUGGGAAAUUCAGGAAAGCGAAAGAAGCUCUUAACAAUGCAGAUGGAUUGCUCAUGUGAUUCUGUUGCCAUAAAGGAUGUGAAGGCCAACAAUUUUCAAGCUCUUUUUACUCCGAUUAUGUAGAAACUUUUUCAAUUGACAGAAAUUUUUGUGUAGUUUCUAUUUUUAUUUUAAGGUUCCAAGUUUCAGUAGCUUCAAUAAAAAAUUGUAGAGAUCUUAAAGAUAUUC